AUGGCCAAGCGCCGCCGCGGUUGCUCGCCUCGUUCGGCUCGACGACGUGGCCAUGCUUUUCACGUCCUCGCAAACGACAGCGCUCAAACCUCGUCGGCCUUCCACCAAGACAGACAGCCCUUCCCUCACAUGAGGCAAGGCGGCGUCCGACGACGACGACAUGGAGAUGCAGCUAACUCGUGGAGAGGUUCUGUUGGACAAGGGAAAAAGACGAAAGAAGAUUGGCUGGGCGCUCCUGGUGAAGAAACCGUUUACCCGCUGCCGUCUGGGUGCCGGCCACCCGCUCUCGGCCGCGCCCUCGACCGCACGAUACACGAGAUCGCGAUUGUACCAUCUGGACAUUCACGACGUGCAAGGAGGACGAGGGAAACCCACAACGCUUGCGUAGAGCCAGAGCGCCGUCGGCCACUCGGAGGCUCGCGCAACGGUCAGCACUUCGAUGAAGACGCCAUCGCCAGUGGAAGCGUCGACGUCAGUGUUGUGUAA